ACAAUGAUAAGGAUUGUGGAAGUUUGGGUCACCUUGGUGACAGUCUCCUUGCUUGCCAAGGAGGUUUUUGGAGGAUACGGUCUGAGCAUGUUCGCGGCACAGUCGUCCCCGCCGGACCCGUGCUACGACGAGAACGGCAACCCGCGGAGGUGCAUCCCCGACUUCGUCAACUCCGCGUUCGGCAAGGACGUGCGCGUAUCCGGCACCUGCGGCACCCCCGCCGCCAGGUACUGCGUGGUGGCCGAGAAGGGCGACGAGAGGACGAGGGACUGUCACACGUGCGACGCCGGCGACCCGAAGAAGUCCCAUCCCCCGGCGUAUCUCACAGACCUCAACAACCCGCACAACCUCACCUGCUGGCAGUCGGAGAACUACGUGCAGUACCCGCAGAACGUCACGCUCACCUUGUCGCUGGGCAAAAAGUUCGAGGUCACCUACGUGAGCCUGCAGUUCUGCUCGCCGCGACCCGAAUCCAUGGCGAUCUUCAAGUCCAUGGACUACGGCAAGACGUGGAUCCCCUUCCAGUUCUACUCCACGCAGUGCAAGAAGAUGUUCAACCGGCAGAACAAGGCGGCGAUCACGAAGCAGAACGAGCAGGAGGCGAUCUGCACCGACUCGCACACGGACAUGCACCCGCUGACGGGCGGCCUCAUCGCCUUCAGCACGCUGGACGGCAGGCCGUCGGCGCACGACUUCGACAACUCGCCGGUGCUGCAGGACUGGGUGACGGCCACCGACAUCAAGGUGGCCUUCAGCCGGCUGCACACGUUCGGCGACGAGAACGAGGACGACUCGGAGCUGGCGCGGGACUCGUACUUCUACGCCGUGUCGGACCUGCAGGUCGGCGGGCGGUGCAAGUGCAACGGCCACGCUUCCAAGUGCGUGAAGGACCGCGAGGGGAACCUGGUGUGCGAGUGCAAGCACAACACCGCCGGGCCGGAGUGCGACAGGUGCAAACCUUUCCACUACGACCGGCCCUGGCAGCGCGCCACGGCCAGGGAGGCGAACGAGUGUGUCGCUUGCCACUGUAACCUGCAUGCUCGCCGCUGUCGUUUCAACAUGGAGCUGUACAAGCUGUCCGGCCGGAGGAGCGGAGGAGUUUGUCUCAACUGUCGCCACAACACCGCAGGCCGCCAUUGCCACUACUGCAAGGAGGGCUACUACAGGGACAUGACCAAAGCCAUCUCUCACAGAAGGGCCUGCAAAGCAUGCGAUUGCCAUCCAGUGGGAGCAGCUGGGAAGACCUGCAACCAGACCACAGGCCAGUGUCCCUGCAAGGAUGGUGUGACAGGCAUCACCUGUAACCGCUGUGCCAAAGGCUACCAGCAGAGCCGCUCUCCAAUCGCCCCCUGCAUAAAGAUCCCGGUUGCGUCUCCUACAGCGACGUACACCAGCUCCGAGGAGCCCUCGGACUGUGAAUCUCACUGCAAAGCAUCCAAGGGAAAGAUGAAGGUCACCAUGAAGAAGUACUGUAAGAAAGACUAUGCCGUCCAAGUGCACGUUCUAAAAGGCGACAAGGCCGGCGAGUGGUGGAAGUUCACCGUCAACAUUAUAUCCGUCUACAAGCAAGGUGAGCACCGCAUCCGCCGCGGGGACCAGCUGCUAUGGGUGCGUGCCAAAGACGUGGCUUGCAAAUGCCCCAAGAUUAAGCCCGGGAGGAAAUACCUGCUGCUGGGCACGGACGACGACUCUCCCGGGCAGAGCGGUGUGGUGGCGGACAAGGGAAGCCUGCUCAUCCCGUGGAAGGACCUGUGGGGUCGCAGGCUCAGGAAGUUCCAACAGCGUGACAAGAGGGGGAAGUGCUAA